GGAGCCGGGAAAGGCUGGGAUAAGGAAAGGGCUCUGGGAUAGAGGCGCUACCAGUCUGGCCGGCUGCCCCCGCGGAUGCUCCGGGCCGGGCAGCGGGGCAGCUCCCAUGGCCCUUCCCAGCGGGAUGCUCCUCGCCUGCUCCCUCUGCCUCCUGCCCGGGCUCAGUGACACCUUCAACAUCGACACCAAGAGGCCCAAAAUCAUCGCUGGCUCCAAGGAGGCCUAUUUUGGGUACACAGUGCAGCAGCACGACAUCGGGGGCCAGAAAUGGCUGGUGGUGGGAGCUCCCUACGAGACCAACAGGCAGCAGAAGACAGGAGAUGUCUACAAGUGUCCAGUGACCAGCGACAGCCACAGCAACUGCACCAAACUCAACUUAGGCCGGGUGACGCUCUCCAACGUCUCCGAGAGGAAGGACAACAUGCGCCUGGGGCUCAGCCUGGCCACCAACCCCAGGGACAGCAGCUUCCUGGCCUGCAGCCCCCUCUGGUCCCACGAGUGCGGGAGCUCCUACUACACCACGGGAAUGUGCUCCCGCGUCAACUCCAACUUCAGGUUCUCCAGGACGGUGGCUCCGGCUCUGCAGAGAUGCCAGACCUACAUGGACAUCAUCAUUGUUCUGGAUGGAUCCAACAGCAUCUACCCCUGGGUUGAAGUCCAGCACUUCUUGAUAAACAUCUUGAAAAAGUUUUAUAUCGGUCCCGGCCAGAUCCAAGUCGGAGUUGUUCAGUAUGGAGAAGAUGUUGUCCAUGAGUUUCAUUUAAAUGACUACAGGUCUGUAAAAGACGUGGUGGCAGCUGCCAGUCACAUAGAGCAGAGGGGAGGCACAGAGACCAGGACUGCCUAUGGGAUAGAGUUUGCUCGCUCGGAAGCGUUUCAGAAAGGUGGCCGGAAAGGGGCAAAGAGAGUAAUGAUUGUCAUCACAGAUGGAGAGUCCCACGACAGCCCAGACCUGGAGAAGGUGAUCGAGGACAGCGAGAGGGACAAUGUCACCAGAUACGCGGUGGCGGUCUUGGGUUAUUACAACAGAAGAGGAAUCAACCCCGAGGCCUUUUUGAACGAGAUCAAAUUCAUAGCGAGCGACCCCGACGACAAACAUUUCUUCAAUGUCACAGAUGAGGCAGCACUCAAGGACAUUGUGGAUGCUCUGGGAGAAAGGAUAUUUAGCUUGGAAGGAACCAACAAGAAUGAGAUCUCCUUUGGCCUGGAAAUGUCCCAGACUGGAUUUUCAUCCCACGUUGUGGAAGACGGGAUCCUACUGGGGGCAGUGGGAGCCUACGACUGGAAUGGAGCUGUCCUGAAGGAAACCAGCAGUGGGAAGGUCAUUCCCCUGAGGGAAUCUUAUCUCCAGGAGUUCCCGGAGGAGCUGAAGAAUCACGGGGCGUACUUAGGUUACACCGUCUCCUCCGUCGUUUCCACCAAGCACGAGCGGAUUUACGUGGCGGGAGCUCCCAGGUUCAACCACACUGGGAAGGUCAUCCUCUUCAGCAUGCACAGCAACAGGGACCUCACCAUCCACCAGGCCCUGAAAGGAGAGCAGAUUGGUUCCUACUAUGGCAGCGAGAUCAACUCCCUGGACGUCAACGGCGACGGCGUCACCGACGUGCUGCUGGUGGGAGCCCCCAUGUUCUUCAGCGAGGGCAGGGAGAGGGGCAAGGUCUACGUCUACACCCUGCAGGAGAGCCGCUUUGUUCCCAGUGGAGCCCUGGUGGACCUGCAGAGUUACCAGAACUCGCGCUUCGGCUCCUGCAUCGCCGCCGUGCCCGACCUCAACCAGGACAGCUACAACGACCUGGUGGUGGGGGCACCCUUGGAGGACGAGCACCAGGGAGCCAUUUACAUCUUCCUGGGCUUCCAAGAGACCGUCCUCAAGAAGUACAAGCAGAGGAUUGCAGCUGCUGACCUGGCUCCAGGCCUGAUGUAUUUUGGGUGCAGCAUCCACGGGCAGCUGGACCUGAACGAGGACGGGCUCGUGGACCUGGCCGUGGGCUCGCUGGGGAACGCGGUGCUGCUCUGGUCCCGGAGCGUGGUCCAGAUCAACGCCAGCAUCCGCUUCGAGCCCCCCAAGAUCAACAUCUUCACCAAGGACUGCAAGAGGAACGGGAAGGACGCGACCUGCAUGUCAGCUUUGCUCUGCUUCACCGCCGUCUUCCUCUCGGCCCGCUUCCAGACUGCCACUGUGGGGCUGCGGUUCAACGCCACGCUGGACGAGCGCCGCUACACGCCGAGGGCUCACCUGGACGAGGGCGGCGAGCGGCCGGCACAGAGGGGGCUGCUGCUGCCGGCCGGCCAGGAGCACUGCCAGAGGCUCCCCUUCCACGUCCUGGACACAGCAGACUACGUGAAGCCGGUGACGUUCUCCAUCGACUACGAGCUGGAGCACCCGGAGCACGGCCCCAUGCUGGAUGAUGGGUGGCCCACCUCCCUCAGGGUCUCGGUCCCUUUCUGGAAUGGGUGCAAUGAGGACGAGCACUGUGUCCCUGACCUGGUCCUGGACGCCAGGAGUGAUGUCCCCAGUGCCAUGGAGUUCUGCCGGCGGGUGCUCCGGAGGGGCCCCCCGGAAUGCUCGGCCUUCAGCCUCUCCUUCGACACGUCCGUGUCCGUCCUGGAGAGCGGCAGGAGGAGGGUGGCCGUGGAGGCGACGCUGGAGAACCGCGGGGAGAACGCCUACAGCACCGUCCUCAACAUCUCCUUCUCCAGGAACCUGCAGCUGGCCAGCCUCAUCCCCAAGGACGACACCGACGUCAACAUCGACUGCACGACCGACGACAGGCACCCCAACAAGAGGGUGUGCAACGUCAGCUACCCCUUCUUCAGAGCCAAGGCCAAGGUGGCUUUUCGCCUGGAUUUUGAAUUCAGCAAGUCGGUUUUCUUGGAGAACAUGGAGAUCUACAUGAUUGCCAGCAGUGACAGUGAGGAGAAGGAGAGCACAAAGGAGGACAACUUUGCCCACCUCAACUUCCACCUGAAGUACGAGGCCGACCUGCUCUUCACCAGGACAUCGAGCCUGGACUAUUACGAGAUCAGGUCCAACAGCUCCCUGGAGAGAUACGACAGCAUCGGCCCCCCCUUCCACUGCACCUUCAAGCUGCAGAACCUGGGCUUCUUCCCCGUGGAGGGGGUGACCAUCAGGAUCACCGUCCCCGUGGCCACCCGGGCAGGCAACCGCCUACUGCUCCUCACUGACUUCCUGCUGGACCAGGAGAACACGACCUGCAACAUCUGGGGGAACACCACUGACUACCGGAGGACACCGGCUGAGGAGGACCUGACCCGCACCCCACACCUGAACCACAGCAACUCCGACGUGGUUUCCAUCGACUGCCACGUGAAAUUAGCCCCCAACGAGGAGAUGAACUUGCACUUGCGUGGCAAUCUGUGGAUGAAGUCUCUGAAAGCACUGAAGUUCAAGUCACUGAAGCUCACCACGAACGCCGCUCUCCAGCGACGCUUCGGGAGCCCCUUCGUCUUCCGGGAGGAGGAUCCCAGUCGCCAGAUCACAUUUGAGAUCUCCAAGCCCGAGGAGUCGCACAUCCCCAUCUGGAUCAUCCUGGGGAGCACCUUAGGAGGUCUCCUGCUCCUGGCCCUGCUCGUCCUCGCGCUCUGGAAGCUGGGAUUUUUUAAGAGCGGGAGCCGCAGGCGAGCGGCGGAGCAGGAGCAGAAUUCCAUGGGGCUGGAAUGACGCUGCCGGGGCCAGGAGCCCCCCGUGCCCCCUCCCAGCCCCUCGCCAGCUCCAGGAGCAGGAGGUCACCUCGAUACCGAGGGAUUUGGGUGCUGAGCUUGGGUUUGCAUCGAGAGGAGAGAACACCCCUUUGUGUGACAUCACCUGAACUGGUCCAAAAGCCAAAAAAACACCCUUAAACACACCAAAAAUAAAAAAAACAACCCAAACCUCUUCAUGCCACGGCAAGAGGAGCUUCGAGCUGGGCCUGCAACGAGGACGAGGGGCCACCAACGCGACGUGUCCCGUGGGCUGGGACAAACCCCGGGGCCGCAAAACUCCUUAAAAUAACAAUAUCCAUAAAAAAAACCGAGGAUUGCUCAUUCCUGUGGCGCGGCUGUAGCAUUCCCUGGGCUUUGCUGGCCACGGCUCUCAAACUGCCUUCGUUAACAGGAGUAAUUAGGUGGAGAUUUUUAAUUUGCCGCCUUCUGAAUGCACUGAGCGAAACGAUAGCGAGUUAAAGCACCUUAAUGCAAAUCUCCGGCGUCCAGCUGUACAUAAUUAUUCUAAAAAUAUUUACCUGUCGAAGGAAAGGAGAGGGGGGGAAAAAAAAAAUUAAAAGCUAUUUUAAAAAAAAAAAAAAAGGAAUUCAAAGCAGUUUGAUGUGUUUUUUUUCUCCCAGGGGAGCAGUUUGGGAGAGCUCGUGGCCAGGAGGGCCCUCACGUGUAUCAUACCUGUACAUACCUGGUGUCCCCCCCCAAAAGCAGCUGAUUGGUGCUGUUGGACAGCAGAUGUGUCCUUGUGCAUCCCAGAAUUAUUUAUGCUAAUGUUAAUUUUAUGGAUGGAAAGCGAGCAGAUGUCUGCAGGACGUGGAAGGGAGGUUGUGAAAUAUUGUCCUGGUAUUUUUUAAGGAUUAAAAAUAAAGAUGGAAGAGC